UCCCCGCGCUGUGAAAGGAAAGUGAGAUGCGUACAUGUUUCCAAGACGCGCCCGAUGACAUCGAUGGAGACCGACGGUCCCUAAAAUUUAAAAGGCCUAAUAUUCAAAACUCCCACGAUUAGCCUAUCAAGGCUCAGGGUUUACAAUGGACGGCGACGAGCUCAUAAGCGUGCUGCCUAUCCACUACUCAAACAGUCUCAGCCCGAACGUGCACAUCCACCAAUUUCCGCUUCUUUCUCGUCCAUUACAAACACCGCCCGCUGCUGCAGUCAGCGGAAAACGAAUUCGAGCACGAAUAAAGCCAAUCACGCGGAGAUUAGAGAUCCACGUACCAGUGGAUCCGCGGCCAGAGGUGUGGAAUGGUGAACGGAGUAAAGAACUUGGUGCUGCUCGACAAGAGGAUGACCGUGAAAAAAACCAGGAUGUUGGGAAGAUGAAGCAGAUGGAAGGAGAGGAGCCGCGGUUGAUCGAAGCGCGCAUGCGGAGCGAACUGAUACCGCAGGAGGGCGCGUAUAUGUUGGGAGUGGUUCGCAAUGGUCAAUUACAUCUGCAACCCAUCAGCGAAACCCAUCAGUUUCGACCGACGCUAACGUACUUGGAUAUCAUGUCUCGAAAGAGUCGACGUUCGAGAGGCGAUGCUGGUUCUGAUGAGGAUUCUGAUGAUGGUCCUCCGCCUGAUCCUGAUGAGCCGCCGCCAAUACAGACUACAUCAAAGAAAGAAAAAAAACCUCUUGAAGUGAAAGAGGUUCAAGUGUCUGCGCGAAAAGCUGCGGAUGACAAGGGUAAUUUACAAGGAGGUCUAUCUGCCGUGCGACGUGAAAUGCUGCUUGCCAUCCGAGCUGAAGAAGAUGAGGUCUGGGAAGACCUAGACUUUUGUGACGGAGAAACUGCUGAAGGACACGAAGCAUUUGAAGCUGUGUUUUCGCAAAACGAGGAGCAUUUAGAAUGCAACUCUGAUAUUACUGCUUUUCUAAAGGGCAUUAAAGGACUAUAGAUAUUUAUGGUAAACGCAUGGUCACGGUAGCUAUCGAAGACGGUGGUCAUGCUUCCGACUUCGAUGCAACUUUAUUCUGUGUCACUCAGUGCAAAUAUAAUACAAGAGCGAUGACCAUGGUUUGCUUUUAUGCCCCUCCACCUUGUAUCUCAUGUCCGAUAGUGAGACUGAGC